AUGCUUCACUUCCAGCAGAACAAAAUGAACAAAGAAAGCUUGGAGCUUCUGCAGAAAAUGAGCGGAAAUUUCCCCUCAAAAUGCAUAAAUGAAAGGGCAGCUUUCAAGCCCACCCAGAAUGUUGUUGAACUUUCAGUGUCCCAGAAGGAGAAUGCCAAGGUGGCAAUUCUAGAGAUCCUCCAAGAGAUCUUCAACAUCUUUAGCAAAAACCUCACCCAGAGUGCCUGGGAUGGGACUUUCAUAGCCAGGUUCCAAAGUGGACUUUACCAGCAAAUUCAGCGGCUGGAGGCAUGUUUGAGAACACAGAGGGAGAAGGAAUUAACCAACCCAGAAAGUGAGGAACUCCAGCUCACCAGUCGGAGAGUGAAAAAAUACUUUCAGGAGAUAGAUGCUUUCCUGAAAGAAAAACAAUACAGCCUUUGUGCCUGGGAGAUUAUUCGUGUGGAAAUACCGAGAUGUUUUGUACUUAUUGACAAACUCACUAGAAGGCUUAGUAACUAA